CCGAAUAAUAAUUGUUUUGUUUACAAAUGGCGAUUGUUGUUUAUUGAAUGGCAACGUAGUACGACUAUUGUGCGUUUAUCAAUGAAAUGAACAGUGAAUGAGACUGUGACCCAAUUUAAACCAAAACAAUCGAUUCGUUCAUUGAAACACCUGGAACGAUGACUUCAAAACUUCCUGUACGGAAGAAUAUCGAGCCACUGUAUGAGAUAGCAUCCGAACUGGAAAGUCACUUGGAAAAAUCGUUGAAGACCAAGAACGAGAAAAAUGAAUUGAUUUACAAGACAUUUACGGACAAUUUGAGUGUGAAAAAUGUGACGAACAAAGAGAGCGAUUCGGAGAAGGUCGACGACAAGAAAUUCAAAAGGAAUUUCAAAUUGAGGUUGCAGGAAAAAGACGAACAAAUUGAAAAGUUGGUGGAGCGCCUACAGAUUCUCCACACGAACAACGAACAGUUCGCAGCCGAAAAUGAUCAAUUAAAAUCGAAAGAGUGCGAUCUGUGCAAGGAGUUAUUAAACAACGAGAACAGACUUAGAGAAAGCACUCUACUGUUGCGCAAAGAAAACGAUGAACUUCGUGACGAUGUGAGGAUGAUGAAAACUCUAAUCUAUCGACUAAACGUCCAGCUCGAACGACACCAAGAUGAACUCAGAAAGUGCACCGAUCAGCAGGAACAAAAUUACCCAAAAAUUAAUUUCGAUUCCAGCGAUGAGCAACACUUACACUGGGGUUCGGUAAAGGCGCACACCUUGGGUCCCCUGUUGAACGCUUACAGUGAAAUCAUCAAGGAGAAGAACAGUUUGGUGCAGCAGUACGAAAACGAUCUCAAUCAUUUCACCGGAAAGCUAAAAGAUGUGGUGGCCGAGAACGACCAAUUGCAAACGGAGCUCAAAGCUUCGAAACAGGACAACGAAGUGUGGGCAAGCGAUAAAACGCGACUUCAAGCUCAAUUGGACCUGUUCCGUAAUAAAGCGGAAGUGCAAUCGAAACGGGCUGACAUUACCAAAGAGAAACUGGUCGAAGUUUUGAAGUGCUACGAGCAAAAGUUUCAGUCGCAGAACUUGGAUUUGGAACGGCUACAAGAGGCCUACUCGCGAGCUAAAGGCGAACUAACGGCGUUACGUGGCGUUCAGCAGUGUCCGUCGGAAGUGUUAGCCGAAAGUUUGAAGGAGAUGCAAAAACUGUUCCAGGAGCUGAGCAGUCAGUACGACAGUGAGAAAACCAAACUGAAUUCAACGAUAGAAUCGUUGACAAAUAGCCUGAGAGACGUGGAAACAAAGUGUUCGCAGGCGAACAAUGAAAACGACACGCUAAAGAAACAUGCUAAAUCAUUAGAAGAACAAAACGAUGAGCUUCUCAACAAAAACACUCAGCUACGGGAAAGUUUAGCCAGGGUAAGACUAUCGAGGGAAUCAUUCAAAAGUCGACUCAAGAACGCAAAUUCCUUGCAUAGAACAAUGGAAGGCAGUCAACGUCGCGUGAAGAAUACUUGGAGUGACCUGAAACAAGUCGAAACGCUGCUGCAGCAAAAGGAGAAUCAUGUACAGAGUGUCCAUCUAAAGUAUCUGGGCGAAAUCGAAAAACUCACGAGAAAGUUACAGCAACGCGACGAUACGUUGAAAAAAGUGUUGCGCUCUACAGCAGCCCCGCGAAGUAGAGAACGAAAGGCAACAUAGAACGUUCCGGCGAAUCGAUUAGUUAGUUCAUUGAUAAACGUUAUGGCGUAGCUUUAAGCGCACUCUGAGUGUAAGUCGAAAAUAAACGUUGUACAAACUA